AUGUCUCUCGCGCCCGCAACUGCUGAGAGCCUACAGGUUCUGUCCCUGUAUCGCCAGCUCCUUCGCCAGGCGCAGCAGUUCCCGGCCUACAAUUUCCGCGAAUACGCUCUGCGCCGCACCCGCGAUGCCUUUCGCGACCACAAGGCCGAGACGGACCCGCGCCGCGUCCAGCUCCUUGUCCAACAGGGCCUGAAGGACCUGCAGAUGAUGAAGCGCCAAUCAACAAUGGGCCAGUACUAUCAGACGGACCGGUUGGUGGUGGAGACGACGGGCCGGCAAAAAGGCGAGCACGGCGGCCUGAUCCGGGAGCGGGGACCGGAAUGA